CCCGGUGGGGUUCGGGCUCGGGGCUGUCUCGGGGUUCAGUCCGCCCAGUCGAGGGGCUGCCUUCGCCGCCAGGAUGGCGGUCAUGGGUGUCCAGCUGGUCGUGAGCCUUCUCACGGCUAGCCUCAUGCACAGGAUGGCCCCGCAUUUCUCCUUUGCCCGAUGGCUACUCUGCAAUGGAUGCCUGUUCCGCUACAGACACCCGACAGAUGAGGAGCUUCGGGCCUUGGCAGGGAAGCCGAAGCCAAAAGGCAAGAAGGAAAGGAGGGCCAAUGGCCUCAGUGAGGAGAAGCCUCUCUCUGUACCUCGGGACAUCAACCUUCAGCUGGAGACGAGUCCCAUCACGGCCAUCGAUGCGCUUGUACUUCGAUACUUUUCUGAGUAUCAGUGGUUCGUGGACUUUGCGCUCUAUGCCUGUGGUGUCUACCUCUUCACUGAGGGCUACUACUGCCUGGUGGACCCUGCCAAGGAGGCCAACAUCGGGGUGCUCUGGUGUUUCCUUACCGUUCUCUUCUCUGUCAAGGUGUUUCUGAUGGUGAUGCGGCUGUACUUCUCCUCGGAGGAGGGUGGGGAGCGUUCUGUCUGCCUCGCCUUCGCCUUCAUCUUCCUGCUUCUGGCCAUGCUGGUGCUGGUGGUCCGGGAAGACAUCCUGGAGUUUGGCCUGGAGCCAGGCCUGGCCAGUGUCACCCAAAAUUUAGAGCCCUUACUGAAGAGCCGUGGCUGGGAUUGGUGGAUCCCCCUGAUCAAGCUGACCUUCCGCCUGGUCCUGGUGGCUGUGUGCUCUGUCCUGGGGGCCUGCCUCACAUUCCCGGGCCUACGCCUGGCUCAGACCCACCUGGAUGCGCUGCACCUGGCAGCCGAUCGACCCUUUCUCCAGCUCAUCCUCCACACGAGUUUCCUGGCUCCGGUGCUGAUUUUGUGUCUGUGGGUCAAACCCAUUGCCCGGGACUUCCUCCUGCAAGCCCCUGUGGGAAAGACAGCCCCCGUCCAGCUACUGUCAGACUCUGCCUUUGACUCUGUCCGCCUGUGGCUGGUGCUGGCCCUGUGCCUGCUGCGGCUGGCCGUGACCAGGCCCCACCUGCAGGCCUACCUGUGUCUGGCCCAGCGCUGGGUAGAACAGAUGAAGAAGGAGGCCGGGCGCAUCAGUGCCCUGGAGAUCCAGCGCAAGGUCACACGGAUUUACUGCUACGUCUCGGUGGUGAGCUUGCAGUACCUGGCCCCCAUCAUCCUCACCCUUCACCUUACGCUCUUACUGAAGACUCUAGGUGGCUAUUCCUGGGGCCUGGGGUCCACCAGCCAUCUCCCCAAACCGGUCCCACCACCAGCCCCGGCUGCCACCCCUGGAGACGAUGAGGUGCAGGCCACAGUGGCCCAGAUCCUGGGCGCCCUGGGUGGCCUCUUUGCCCCUGCCUUCUAUCGGGGACUCUUCGCCUUCCUCACCUGGUGGACAGCUGCGUGCCAGCUGCUUACCAGUCUCUUUGGCCUCUACUUCCACCAGCGCCUGGCAUCUUCCUAGCCUCCUUUGGGGAGGACUGGGGUUAUGUGACUGUGUGCAUAAGGGAGGUACAGCCUUCUUCAGGUCUGUCAAGCCAGAGCAUGGCCUAGAAUGGUGCAGGGGUGGGUAGGGGGGACUUGGCCCUUCCACACUGAACAGUGCUGAGCAGAGAGGGUUGCCCCUAUCUCUGCUCAGGACUCCUCCCCUUCUCAUCCACCAGUUUCACCCAUAGUGCCUGAGACCAUGGUCCCCCAGGCUAGGAGCUACUGCCCUGGCUCCAACCUUGCCUCUCCCUCCGACUUUGAUCUCUGCUGACUCCUGGGAGCCGGGCUGGUCCCUGGGACCUUUGACAAGGGUGGUGAGAAAAAGGGUCCCAUCAAACCAGCCUUUCCAGGAGAGGGACGGAUAGGAUAGGAGAGAAACCCCCAUUUCUGGCUCCCCUCUGAGCCCUCUUUCUUAGAAAUGGAGGGUUAGAGAGAGAGAAGAGCCUCCUGGGCACGCGGCUGAAGUGUUCUAUGUCGGCUGACUUUGCUCCUUAUUUUAAUUCAGCAUCUUUUAUUGUGUCCUGGAACCCUUUGGCAUUCUGGUGAAAUCUAUGCACCCUUUCUCAGAAUAAGGUUUUUAAAUGCAUAAAAUAAAAUACGUAAAAUUACAAAGCAAAUCAAUUAUAUUGAAACAGAGCUAUCAGAAAAUUUUUUGUAAAGUUCAUGAACCCUUGGUUAUGGGCCUCUCUUUUAAAUGAAUAAAGGAGGAUAAUGGUUGACAUGU